UCCACCGCGCCGCGCCGCCAUCGCCGCCGCCCUCGCGCCAACCUCCAACCGCGCCGCCGCGGAGCCGAGUCACCAACCACGCGUCCGCCGGAGCCCGGACCACCAACCGCGCUGCCACUGGAGUCCCGACCUUCAAGCGCGCCACCGCCGAGCCCAGACCACCAAUGGCGCCGCCGCCUGAGCCCCAACCUCCAACCGCAACGCCGCCUGGCCCCGAUAACAAAAGCGUGCCAUCACCACCCCCACGACCCGCGUCGCCGGCGCUCCUCCUCCUCGGCCGGCGCUCUCCCAGCCCGUGGUCGACACCCAUCCUCCUCCGCGGCCAGCGCCCUCCCUCCCUGCGACCGGCGCGCUCCUUCCCCGCGGCCGACGGGCCUCCAGCUCCGUGGCCGGCGCGGUCCCUCCUCGCUGCAGCUUGCCCCUCCUCCAUGGAUGGCCUGCACCGGCUGCCUGAACUCGUUGAGGUGGUACCCUUCAUCCCCGACCUUCAAGUACAGGUCACCAACGACGCUACAAAGAGAAAGAUCUGGGACCUAGAGACAGACAGUUGUGUCGAUACGGUCCAAGGACACGCAAAGGGUCUGAGUGCUCUUUGUUGGCACCCAGAACUUCGGGUACUAAUUACUGGUUCAGUCGAUGGGACCGUGCGAGUCUGAAACUGGAUGUCUCAUAGCAGUACAUACAGGUACUUCCUUUCUAGUACUUCUGUACAGCCUUACAGUAGGAGAAUGCAGGCUUGAUCUUGGUUAGAUGCUAUAGUUGACCUCCAACAUGGACCGUGCACCCUUCCCCCUUAAGCAUGUAUAUUCCUUGAUUAAGAAGCACUGAUUGGAGCUCAUUUGCGAACUGAUCAUCAAAAUUACUCGGGUCCCUUACUUUAAAUUUCUGCCACAGCGGCGACCAUCAGACCUCAUGGGCAGGAAAUUUCC